AUGAUGUCACUUCCGGCACUUUUCAGACUUCGCUUUCCGAAUCCGCCCAGCAGGAUGAGCUUCACCAACACAACGAUUUCGACCUCACAACAUCGUCCUAGGGGAUAUCUGUAUACCGCGUGCUUGACAUAUCCACUUUACAGGCGUUUGGGCGCAAUCAUGAACUACGACGCUCUCGUUGAGACAGUCGUAGACGGCGGCUAUCUCCCCGAGUUCCUUCUCCGGCAGGGUAUCAGAAGUCAACUACGACAGCGCAUCGAGCUCAUCAAGUCGACAAGUCUGGCCGACAGCUAUGAAACGAAGAUGAAGUAUGUUGACCUCCUCCGGAGCAGACCUAUCGCGGUAGAAACCGCUGCAGCAAACGAACAGCACUAUGAAGUCGGGACUGGAGUUUUGUCGGCUUGCCUUGGUCCUAGGAUGAAGUACAGCUGUUGCUUGUAUCCCAAGGGCACGGAGACUUUGGCACAGGCGGAGAUUGCGAUGCUGGAGAGUUAUGUUGAGAAGGCACAGGUGAAGGAUGGGAUGCGGAUUUUUGAUUUGGGCUGUGGUUGGGGAAGUCUGUCUCUUUACCUUGCUGAAGUGCUGCCGAAGUCGCAGGUGACGGCUUUCUCGAAUUCGAGGACGCAGAAGGAGUAUAUCGACUCGCAGGCCAAGGCGAAGGGACUUACGAAUUUGGAGGUGGUCACCGGAGAUAUUGCGACUUAUGACUUUCGAGGGACGAAGCUCGAAGAGAAGUUUGAUCGUGUCAUGUCGAUUGAGCUGUUCGAGCACAUGAAGAACUACGAACUUCUCCUGGCAAAAGUGAGCACACUGCUCAAACCAAGCGGCAAGCUCUUCGUGCACUACUUCGCCCACAAGAACUCUCCCUAUGACUUUGAAAGCGGCUGGAUGACGACUCACUUCUUCACCGGUGGGACCAUGCCUUCCGCGGACCUGCUGCACUUCUUCCAGCGAGACCUGAGAUUGGAGAGGCAGUGGUGGGUGAGCGGCACACACUACGCGAAGACUUGCGAGGACUGGCUAUCGAAGAUGAAUGCAAGCAAGAAACAGAUCUGGCCACAUCUGGAAGAGACCUACGGCAAGACUGAUACUGCGAAAUGGUUCUAUCGCUGGCAAGUGUUCUAUCUUGCUUGUGCGGAGCUGUUUGCUUGGAAUGGUGGAGAGGAGUGGGGUGUUUGCCAUUAUCUGUUUGAGAAGCCUGCGAGGUCAUAG